CGCCUCGUCCUCCCGCUCGCUCAGUUCUCGCUCCACGUUCCACGCCGCGGCCUCGCUCCCCCGGCGAGAGCCAGCCCUGCGGCCGCCGCGCGCACCCGCCGCCCCGCGUCUCCCGCGCACGGCUCUCCCCACGCGCGCGCCUCGCUCACGGACGCACGUUCGUUUCCCUUCGCGCGCCCGGGUCUCGGCGGCGGCGGCGGCGGCGGCGGCGGCGGCGGCGGCGGCGGGCGGACCGCGCGGGGCAGCUCCGUAGCGGCCGCCGCGGGCUGGCCGGCGGGCCAUGGAGGCGGAUGGGGCCGGCGAGCAGAUGAGACCGCUACUCACCCGGGGUCCUGAUGAAGAAGCCGUUGUGGAUCUUGGCAAAACCAGCUCAACUGUGAACACCAAGUUUGAAAAAGAAGAACUAGAAAGUCAUCGAGCUGUUUAUAUUGGUGUUCACGUCCCGUUUAGUAAAGAGAGUCGUCGGCGUCACAGGCACCGGGGACACAAACAUCACCACCGGAGGAGAAAAGAUAAAGAAUCAGAUAAAGAAGAUGGACGGGAGUCUCCUUCCUAUGACACACCAUCCCAAAGAGUUCAGUUCAUUCUUGGCACUGAAGAUGAUGAUGAAGAGCACAUUCCGCAUGACCUCUUUACGGAAAUGGAUGAACUGUGUUACAGAGAUGGAGAAGAGUACGAAUGGAAAGAAACCGCCAGAUGGCUGAAAUUUGAAGAGGAUGUUGAAGAUGGCGGUGACCGGUGGAGUAAACCUUAUGUGGCAACUCUCUCUUUGCAUAGUCUUUUUGAACUCAGGAGUUGCAUCUUAAAUGGAACAGUCAUGCUGGAUAUGAGAGCAAGCACUCUAGAUGAAAUAGCAGAUAUGGUAUUGGACAACAUGAUAGCCUCUGGCCAACUGGAUGAGUCCAUAAGAGAAAAUGUCAGAGAAGCUCUUUUGAAGAGACAUCAUCAUCAGAAUGAGAAAAGAUUCACCAGUCGGAUUCCCCUGGUGCGAUCUUUUGCAGAUAUAGGCAAGAAACAUUCUGACCCUCACUUGCUUGAAAGGAAUGGGGAAGGCCUGUCAGCCUCCCGCCACUCUUUGCGAACAGGCCUGUCCGCCUCAAACCUUUCCCUGAGAGGAGAGUCGCCUUUCUCCCUUCUUCUCAGUCAUCUUCUUCCUUCUUCAAGAGCUGGAAGCCCUGCAGGCUCAAGGUGUCCAACCCCAGUACCCACCCCUCAGCACAGCCCUCCUUCCAGCCCUAGCGUCAGUCGCCCGACCUCCAGAAGUUCCCAGCAGAGUCAGCCUCAGGCCCCAGAGCUGCUGGUCUCACCUGCCAGUGAUGCUGUCCCCACAGUAGUAAUUCAUCCGCCCGAGGAAGACUCGGCAGCGCCCACAGGCCAGGAGCAGAAGGCUGAGGACAAUGUUGGCAUGACUCCAGGUGUUUUGGCCUCUCCACAGUCUGCACCUGGAAACUUGGAUAAUAGUAAAAGUGGAGAAGUUAAAGGUAAUGGAAGUGGAGGAAGCAGAGAAAAUAGCACUGUUGACUUCAGCAAGGUUGAUAUGAAUUUCAUGAGAAAAAUUCCUUCAGGAGCCGAGGCAUCCAAUGUUCUGGUGGGAGAAGUAGACUUUUUGGAAAGACCUAUAAUUGCAUUUGUGAGACUGGCCCCUGCUGUUCUCCUCUCGGGGUUGACUGAGGUCCCUGUACCUACCAGGUUUUUGUUUCUGUUAUUGGGUCCAGCAGGCAAGGCACCACAGUACCAUGAAAUUGGAAGAUCAAUAGCCACUCUCAUGACAGAUGAGAUUUUUCAUGAUGUAGCCUAUAAAGCAAAAGACAGAAACGACCUCUUAUCUGGAAUUGAUGAAUUUUUAGAUCAAGUAACUGUCCUACCUCCAGGAGAGUGGGACCCUUCCAUACGCAUAGAGCCACCAAAAAGUGUUCCUUCUCAGGAAAAGAGGAAGAUUCCUGUAUUUCCCAAUGGAUCUGCCCCCAGCUCGGGUGAGACACCUAACGAGGCCGGUCAUCAUGCCGGGCCUGAGCUGCAAAGGACCGGACGGCUUUUUGGUGGUUUGAUACUUGACAUCAAAAGGAAAGCACCUUUUUUCUUGAGUGACUUCAAGGAUGCAUUAAGUCUACAGUGCCUGGCCUCGAUUCUUUUCCUAUACUGUGCCUGUAUGUCUCCUGUAAUCACUUUUGGAGGGCUGCUUGGAGAAGCUACAGAAGGCAGAAUAAGUGCAAUAGAGUCUCUUUUUGGAGCAUCAUUAACUGGGAUUGCCUAUUCGUUGUUUGCUGGGCAACCUCUAACAAUAUUGGGGAGCACAGGUCCAGUUUUAGUGUUUGAAAAAAUUUUAUUUAAGUUCUGCAGAGAUUAUCAGCUUUCCUAUCUGUCUUUAAGAACCAGUAUCGGUCUGUGGACUUCCUUCUUGUGCAUUGUUUUGGUUGCAACAGAUGCGAGCAGCCUUGUGUGCUAUAUCACUCGAUUUACAGAGGAGGCUUUUGCAGCUCUUAUUUGCAUCAUAUUCAUCUACGAGGCUUUGGAGAAGCUCUUUCACUUAGGAGAAAUAUAUGCAUUUAAUAUGCACAACAACUUAGAUAAACUGACCAGCUACUCAUGUGUAUGUGUUGAACCCUCCAACCCUAGCAAUGAAACCCUCAAGGUGUGGAAGGAAAAGAAUUUAACAGCACAUGAUAUUUCCUGGGAGAAUCUCACUGUUUCUGAAUGUAAAACCUUUCAUGGUGUGUUUGUAGGGUCAGCCUGUGGUCUUCAUGGACCUUAUAUUCCAGAUGUGCUCUUUUGGAGUGUCAUCUUAUUUUUCACAACAUUUUUUCUGUCUUCAUUCCUCAAGCAAUUUAAGACCAAGCGGUAUUUUCCUACCAAGGUGCGAUCGACAAUCAGUGACUUUGCUGUAUUUCUCACAAUAGUAAUAAUGGUUGCAAUUGACUACCUUGUAGGAGUUCCAUCUCCUAAACUUCAUGUUCCUGAAAAAUUUGAGCCUACUGAUCCAAGUAGGGGCUGGAUCAUAAGCCCGUUGGGAGAAAAUCCUUGGUGGACUUUGUUAAUAGCCGCUAUCCCAGCUCUGCUUUGUACCAUUCUCAUCUUUAUGGAUCAACAGAUUACAGCUGUCAUCAUAAACAGAAAGGAGCACAAAUUGAAGAAAGGAGCUGGCUAUCACCUUGAUUUGCUCAUGGUUGGUGUUAUGUUGGGCGUCUGCUCUAUCAUGGGACUUCCGUGGUUUGUGGCUGCAACAGUGUUGUCAAUAAGUCACGUCAACAGCUUAAAAGUUGAAUCUGAAUGUUCUGCUCCAGGGGAACAACCCAAGUUUUUGGGAAUUCGUGAACAGCGAGUUACAGGGCUAAUGAUUUUUAUUCUCAUGGGCCUGUCUGUGUUCAUGACUUCAGUGCUGAAGUUUAUUCCAAUGCCUGUCCUAUAUGGCGUUUUCCUCUACAUGGGAGUUUCCUCAUUAAAAGGAAUCCAGUUCUUUGACCGUAUAAAAUUAUUUGGAAUGCCUGCUAAGCAUCAGCCCGAUCUGAUAUACCUUCGCUACGUGCCUCUCUGGAAGGUCCAUAUCUUCACGGUCAUUCAGCUUACUUGUCUGGUUCUUUUGUGGGUGAUAAAAGCUUCAGCCGCUGCGGUAGUUUUUCCCAUGAUGGUUCUCGCAUUAGUUUUUGUACGCAAACUCAUGGAUCUGUGUUUCACAAAGAGAGAACUUAGUUGGCUUGAUGACCUCAUGCCAGAAAGUAAGAAAAAGAAAGAAGAUGACAAAAAGAAAAAAGAGAAAGAGGAAGCUGAACGGAUGCUUCAAGCUGAUGACGACACUGUGCACCUUCCAUUUGAAGGAGGAAGUCUCUUACAGAUUCCAGUUAAGGCCCUGAAAUAUAGUGUUGAUCCCUCAGUUGUUAACAUAUCAGAUGAAAUGGCCAAAACUGCACAAUGGAAGGCACUUUCCAUGAAUACUGAGAAUGCCAAAGUAACCAGGCCUAACACGAGCCCUGAAAAGCCUGUCAGUGUGAAAAUAAAUUUUGAAGAUGAACCAACAAAGAAAUACAUGGAUGCUGAAACUUCAUUAUAGAAUUGAACCAAGAGGAACUAUAUAUAUAGCUAUUCAGCUAUAUAUAUAUUUUAUUAUAUGUAUAUAUAUAAAAUGUGUGUAUUUCAUGUCACUAUAUAUAACAAUAUUGUACGUCAUGCUAUUUAAUGCGUGACUACUGAGUUUUUGAGGUAGUGUCUGAAGUUUGCUAGGAACACCAUGGAGACUGUGUAUAUGAUGAAAUAGUCUCUUAGAAAUGAGGUACAUGGUUCUUAACUCUUCAAAUAUUUAUUUUGUUGGAAAAACAUUUUGUGUUCUGCGGUAGAAAGAUGUGGGGAAAUGCAUUCAAUCUGCUUUCCUUGAAAUCUCUUUGUCCAUCAGUGGUAAUUCAUACCAACCUUAAGUGACGUACUUUGUCCAUAUAUUUAUAAUUUUUACUUGAGUUACUAAAAAUUUUUGCAUAUUAUUUCACUUCUGUUCGUUCUUUAUGGGAAGAACAGGGAGUCUUUAUGCCAGUGUUGUGGGACAAAUGUAACAUGUCACGGCUUCUCUGCAUGUGUGUUUCAUUUAUGCAGAUAAUCUGUAUGUUUCAUAAGCAGUGGAGAUUUCUUGGCUAUAAAGGUGGAACAAUAGAAAUUUUCUAGCUAAGAACUAUAGUUUUGACAUUUAUGUUUUUAAAAUUUAUUUUAAAUCUUAAAACUCCACAUUUAGGUUUAUAUUCCGAUAGACAAGUAAAAUUGCAGGUGAUUUUAUAAUUUAACCUAUAGCAGUCAUAACUUUAUGGAUUUUAGAAGCUAUAAAAUGCAAAUUUCUAAUAGUUAAACUUUGUUGCCUUUGUAGAAAUAUUUUCUGAAUCCUAAUGCUUUAUCAGAGCCCAGAAUGCCCACUCUGUUCUCUGCCUUUGCUGUCUUUUACUUAAAAUGUGGUUUAGUUUGUAUCAGGUUCAGGUCCUUGAUUAUUUUUUUAUUGCAAGUAAUAUGAGGAAAUAAUCAGGAGUCAGAAUUCUCUUAAUGGGUUUAUGAUCAGUAUUACUUUAUUCUAAAGAAUUACCUUUCAUUUUCUUGUUUACGUUGUUAUUCUUUCUAUUGUAUAGAUACUAUUUAAUAGAUUGUUAUGUGAUUGCAUUUUAAAAUAUUUUAUUUAUUUUAAUUGAUAUACUUAAAUAUUAUAUAAACAUUUGAAAAGAUAACAAAUACAGAGUAAUUUAAAUUGUUAAUGUAAAUAGUUGGUGCUCACUUGCAUUUAUGGUUUAUUAUCUGAAAGCAGUUGACAGAUUUUACAUCUUUGAUAUAAAGCACUGCCAUAUUUGUAUUUUAAAAGGAAUUUAGACAUUUUAUGUAUAGCUCAGAUUGAUGGCAUUCUUUCUAGUUUGUGUUAGUAUUGUUGUUUUUGCUUUUCUGAGCUGCCUUUUUAACUUCUAGCACAUCUUUUUAGCCAUCUUUUAUAUACUCUUAGCUCUACAUGAAAUAAAUAAAUGUUGUUCUUGUUAAGCCUGUAGGACUGGAUGAAUGGGGUUGUGAAACUGAUUUGGCAAGAGGAUAAUUUACAAAAACCAAAUGAGUAUUGAGAAGCCACAGAGAGAAAUAGCAAAAUUGCGACAUGAAUAUUAAGAUGAAAAUUUUAAUGAAAUUCCAAUGCUCCCUUUAAUCAGUUGUAAUUAAGGUACAAAAGUAUGAAAAGUUGAUCUUAUAGAGGAUCGUGAGGAAUGCCAAAAGCUGAUAUUUUAGCAAUUCUGAAGUGUUUUUCAUCUGUUCUAAACUACUUACUAAUAACUCAGAUGUCAUUUCCCAUCUGAGACCAUAUUGUCAGAUUCUAGUUAAAAUAAGGGAUUUGACUUCCGCUUCACAUGGGAAUUUGGAAAUGUAGCUACGUUUCUUUAGAAAACAUAGCCGGCAUCAUUUGGUACUGCCUGCCGAAGAGUUUUAGACUCUGUUGGCAAUCGAUAAUUGAGUAUUACCCAUGGUGCUUGUUAUUCUUCGUGAGCUUGCACUGAAAUGAUUCCUGUUUAUCCACAGCAGCAUAAUCAUUUCCAAAGACCCCAGUAUUUGCUGCUACAUUUUAUAAACUCCCCUGACGGACCUGAACAAGGGGGAUUUCCUCACAUCAUUUCUUUGUGUCUGGACACCAUAGGGUUCACAAAUGUUCUUAUUUUACAGGAAGGGGUUUUAAAUUUUAAACUGAAAACUACCUGGCAUCAUAGUGUUUCUGUAAUUUUAUUUAAUUAUGUAUAGUGAUAGUCCAGUGCCAGAAAAACCAUGACUUGCAAAAUACGUUGCACUCAAAAUGUUUUUGCUAUGUUUCUAAUUGUCAAUGGUUUCUGCUUUCUUUUGACUACUUGACUUACAAAAUGAUCUGAUAUGACUACUCCAUUGAAGAGCAAAGGUAACUCAUGUUUUUUAAGUAAUUAACUGCUUGUUUUACGUGGUUAUGAUAUUUUUCCACUGUUUUUGAAAAAUAGCGAUCGUGGAUAGUGUUCAUUGCAAGACAAGUGAAAAAUAUAAUUUACUACAUAUAUUGAUUUUUAAAUGUUGCCUUAAAUAGGUGUAAAUGAGCAGUAGUAAUUGCAGUGUACUGAUUUACCUCAAGGUGCAAAAUAAUUAAACCUGUACAUAUUCCAUUUACAAAAUAAAUUAAUAUAAACAGCCCUGCACUUUCUUAGAUGCCUUGGUUUCCAGGAUGGAACUUAGUGCUACUGAAUAUCCUGGCUACAGAGCCACCUCAGGAUUCUCUUCUCUCCACCCUGUUUUAUUUAUUGAUAGAUGUCUGUUUACAGAGACUAUAAUAAAUCCUGAUGUUGACCAUCUGAAAUUUACUUUCUUUUUGAAUGCUAUUUCACUCUAAAAUAGCAGCUUUUGAGAAAACAGUGAGCUAACUUCCUUAUGAUAAAAGGAUGAUUCUGUAUGUUCUCUAAUAAUAUUAGGUAUGUUGAAGUGAAGCAUACAAACUUUCUAAUGGAUGUGUGUGUGUGUGUGUGUGUGUGUGUGUGUCUGUGUGUGUGUGCACGCGCGCAAAUGAUGUUAAAAAUCUUAAAUCUCUUAAGUUGUUGAAAAAAGCUGUGGCGUAUCAAUGUUCACAUUUGCCAAGUCUUUGUAAAACAUGUAGGACAAAAUUUAUGUGCUAAUGCAUGUGUUUAUAAAGCAGAUUUCUUUACCAUUCAGAAAGAUUAACUUUUGCUUUCUCCAUCCAAAAAGCAUUUGUUUCUUCCUCGUACUUUAUGUAUGUAUAUAAUAGCUUUCUAAGUUUUUCCUUUCACAAAGACAGGUUCAAAAUUCCUGUAAAACAUAAAAUGAUGUCUGAAACUGAGGUAUUACACGGGAGCUUGCUGUCUUUCGAGGAUCAUAUCACGGACAUCAGUUCUGUAAACGCGCUCAACAGUUUGGACAUGUGAAUCCCGUUUUAAAGUGCUCAGAUUUUGGAUGUGUAAGCCAUUGAUAUAACGUUGUGAUUCAAACAUGAUUAAAUCAAAUAAUGUUCUGAAUUUUAUUUAUGUAGAUUACAUCAUUGUUAUCAUACACAGUACAGAUAUGUGAAGUGUCUUUUGGUUUAGUCCAACAAUUAUUUAUGUUUUAGAAAGUAAGCUUAAAGAUUGUAAGGACAUUGAAAAUUUAAAAUAGUGUUCAGAAUUCAAAAUUUGACAAUUUUAAUGUAAAGUCGGGUUUUUUUUCUAUCAUAUCAAAAAGUAAUAUAAGUAUCAAUAAUAGGAAAACAUAUAGUUGGAAAUGGAAUCAUCUACAGAUCAUUUUUAAACUUUAAUUUAAUUAGCACAUACCGACUUCUACAGUUGACUUAUAGCAAUUGUUAAACCCCAGUGUUUUUUUAAAUCAGAUUUUUGUGCAUUGAUUUUUGUGUUGUGGCUUUUCUUUUGUUGCUUUAAUAUUAAAAGUUUGGGGUGUUUUGUUUGUUUUGUAGGGGAGUUAUCUUCUAAUGUUUACUAUGUUUAAAUAAAUAGAAAUUGAAUUUUAUUGUUCAUUUAUAU